UGCAAUGCGGCCAAGGUGCAGAGUUAGUUGCCUUAGUGUUACUACUAAGGGCUUUAUAAAAGAGGUACACAAGAAGUGUCCCAUGCCUGUUGUAUGUACAGUACUGAUUUUAAACUGGUAACAUAGCUGGUGUUUUUAAACGUUUGCAGAUUUUCAGAUGGUCAUCAUAAUAGUGGAGACUGUAAUGUAGGAGCUGGUUAAGCUGAUUCAAGGGACAUACAUGGUACUAUUCGCCUAAAAUAUAAACUAGAUACUGAUAACUGGAUUUGCGGUGAACAAUAAACUCCUCAAAGAAACGCGUAAACAAUUAAUCGUUAAUGUUCAAACUGCUGCAGCGGUCUAUUCUGCGUGUUGAGAUAAGAGCCUCCGAAUAGGGAGGUUUUAUUCUAAUUUGUGAAUGAUGCGCGCGCGUCUGUGGGGGUGGAUUCGCCGUUUAAAAAAAAGUAAACACAGGAAUGAGAAACACUGAAGCUGGAUUGAAAACGGGCGCUGUUUACACGUUCCGCUGUGAAAUAUUUAUGCAACCCGUAACUUAAAAGUCAAGGUUUAUGUGGUGGGGAGCGCGUCACCCCAGUCCUGUAAAACACAAGCAGUGCUUUGUUCCAGCAUUUUAAGAUUUUUCUUUUCAUUUUUGGAUGCUUUGGGUUAACAACAAAGAGUGGACAGAGUGCGGAUUUUUUUUUUUUUUUUUUUUUUUUUUUAUGAAUCUCGUAAGGAUCCUGUUGUAUUUCCCCUGUGCAGAACCUUCUGAUUCUGUGAACAGGAUUUUAUUUGAAUGCGUUUUUAAAAUCCUGGCUGCUGCAAUGCAACGUUUUUAGUCAAUCUAAGGAAUUGAACUAAUGCUCACGUCUGAUUAAAAGUGUAUAUAUUAUUACAGCACAUACAUUCUUCUAAAACGUAAAAAAAAACAUGACUAUGUCAGUCGCAGAGAGGCAUUCUGGAUCCGGGGGUAAAGAAGAGGAGAGCGAAGAUGAGAGCGAAAUUUUAGAAGAGAGUCCCUGUGGUCGGUGGCAGAAACGAAAGGAACAGGUAAACCAAGGCAAUGUGCCGGGCAUGGAGAGUGCUUUCCUAGCUAUGGACACAGAGGAGGGAGUGGAGGUGGUGUGGAACGAGGUCCAGUUCUCUGACAAAAAGGUUUUCAAAGCACACGAGGAGAAGAUUAAAGAUAUGUUUGAAAACCUGAUGCAGGUGGAGCACCCGAACAUUGUGAAGUUUCACAAGUACUGGCUUGAUGUGACGGAAAGCAAAGCCAGGGUGAUCUUCAUCACUGAAUACAUGUCUUCAGGGAGUCUCAAACAAUUCCUAAAGAAAACCAAGAAAAACCACAAGACCAUGAACGAAAAGGCAUGGAAGAGAUGGUGCACACAGAUCCUCUCAGCCCUCUGCUACCUGCAUUCCUGUGACCCCCCUAUUAUCCAUGGCAACCUGACCUGCGACACCAUCUUCAUCCAACACAACGGCCUCAUCAAGAUCGGCUCAGUCUGGCAUCGCCUUUUUGUCAAUGUAUUCCCCGAUGCAGUCCAUGGCCGCAUCAAACACCUCCGAGAUGAACAGAGAAACCUCCAUUUCUUAGCCCCGGAAUACGGCUCUUUUGAAGACAAAACUGCGAUAGAUAUCUUCUCGUUUGGAAUCUGUGCACUGGAGAUGGCUGUGCUGGAGAUCCAGGCCAAUGGGGACGCUAUCGUGUCGAAAGAAGCCGUAGCUCACACGGGGCAGUCUCUGGAGGAUCCGUUAAUGAGGGAGUUUGUCCAGGCGUGUGUGCGUCACGAAGCUAAGAAGCGCCCCAGUGCCCACGACCUGCUCUUCCACCGGGUCCUGUUUGAGGUGCACUCCCUGAAGCUCCUGGCUGCACACUGCUUCAUCAACAACCAGUAUAUGUUGCCUGAGAACUGUGUGGAAGAAAAGACGAAAACAUUUGAUCCCAGCGCUGUGAUGGCGGAGAUUCGACAUAAAAACCGUCCCGGGGUGCAGCUGAAGUAUUCCCAUGUGUCCCCUCUGGAACUGGACAAGUUCCUGGAAGAUGUCAAGAAUGGGAUUUACCCCCUAAUGAACUUUGCUUCUCCCCGUCCCCACCUCAUACCACGCGCCCUGUCACUGUCCCAGGAGCAUGUGGAGACUGUGACAACCCCCACCCCUGAGCCACAGGAGAUGGAGACCAGGAAGGUUGUCCAGAUGCACUGUAACCUGGAUUCCAAUGACGAAGGGACCAAAAUGCAUCUGACCCUAUUUCUGAAAAUGGAAGAUAAGCUACACAGACAGCUCAGCUGUGACAUCCUUCCCUCUGACAGUUCAAAGGAUCUAGCAAAUGAACUGGUUCAUUAUGCAUUCAUUUGUGAGGAUGACUGUGAGAAGCUCACCAGCUUCCUGGAGGAGGCCUUUGUCAAGCACAGAGCCAGUGGAUCAGUCUCGCAUGGAGUCAUGAUGAUGCACUGAACCGAUUCCACAGUUUCCACAGAAACUGCCUCCCACCCUGAGUCUAAAAAUUACUUUGAGAGAACAGCAAGACUGGCAAUGAGACAAGGGCUUUUGGUCUCUGGGUACAACCUCAACCGAACUUUACAGAUGGACUCAAUAUAGAUACAAUACGAAAAGAACAUAAACAGCUCUUUUACCCCUGUCCCCCGAUAGCUCAACUGAGAUGCAACAUUGCAUUUUCAGUAGCAUGUCCAGUUGCUUCUACCUAGUUUAGGAGCAUGGAUAGGACUGUGAGGGUACAGUCAAACAGUCAGAAACAAAUGUGAUUUCAAUAAUCUCCUGGCCUACUCUGACCCAUAAUUUUAUUUCCUACCUCCACCGUGACCUUACAUCUUCAAGAAUGUAUGCAUGAAAUGUCUUUGCAAUUUCGAAAGCUUCCAAAAAACAUACCUACUACAUACUGUGGAGCCCCAUGAUCAAAUACAUGUAUUGUCAUUUUAUUAUCCAGUCUUGAGGAACUGCGUGCUGGUUCUGUAAUUUUUUCUUUCUGUUCCCGUAUAGAAGGACUGACCUUUGCUCACCAAACUCAUUUCAAGGCAUGCCAUAUGACUGUGAUGCCCAGGGAAGGACCACCAGCACAUUAGUCCAGUGCACCAGCCCGGUACACUGGAGUGCAUGUGGGCUUUUACUUAUAUAAAAAAUAUUAAAAAAACAUAUUUCAAA